AUGUCAACAAAAAAUAAUAAUAAUAAUAAUAAUAAUAAUAAAUUUAAAGUUUUAUUAGUAGGAAAUUUUAAAGUUGGGAAAACUUCAAUUCUUUUAAAGUAUGUUGAUGGUGAAUUUACGGAAAACUAUAUAGCAACAAUAGGUAUUGAUUUUAAAGUUAAAAAUAUAGAAAUUGAUAACGAAUCUUUAAAGUUUAUAUUAUGGGACCAUCCAAGAGGUUGUGAUAGAUUAAGAACAAUAACAAGUGCAUAUUACCGAAACCUUAAUGGAAUCAUAUUUGUUUAUGAUAUUACCGAUAAAAAAUCAUUUUCUUCAAUUCAAAGCAUAUGGUAUCCAGAGUGUAAAAAGUAUAGCCCUGAUAAAGCCUACAUUCCAUCGAUACUAAUAUUGGGAACAAAAUCAGAUUUAAGGAACCAGUCAAACUAUAAAGAGUGUGUGGAUACCGACCAAGCCAGGGAAUAUGCUGCCUCAAUUAAAGCAUUAUUUUUCGAAGUUUCCUCAAAAGAAAAUUUAAAUUUAGAUUCAUCACUUUUAGAAUUAUUUACACAAAUUAAAAAUAAUGACUCUAGAACUCUGGAUCAAAAUAAAAAUGACCAAAUAAAAAAACAAAAAUCAUCAUGUAUUAUAAAUUAA